CGCCCCAACUUUUUCUCUUGCAUGAUUUCCCUCGCACGGAUUUGCCACUCGGAUGUUGUUUCCUCGGGAGCUGAGCUCGGAGCCACGUUGAACCAGCCUUUUCCUCCAGUGCUAUGACAGGCAAACUACUGGAGAAGCUGCCGGGGACCAUGAACACUUUGAUGAACCAAUUGCCUGACAAUCUGUACCCAGAGGAGAUCCCCAACUCUUUGAAUAUCUUCUCCAGCAGCAGCGACUCGGUGGCUCACUACAACCAGAUGGCUGCAGAUAAUGUUAUGGACAUUGGCUUAGCGAACGAAAAGGCCGGCCAGGAACUGUCAUCCUAUUCGGGCACUUUUCAACCGGCCCCGGGCAACAAGACUGGCAACAAGACUGUCACCUACCUGGGGAAAUUCGCUUUCGACUCGCCCUCCAACUGGUGCCAGGACAACAUCAUCAGCCUGAUGAGCGCGGGCAUCCUGGGGGUACCACCGUCCUCGGGUGCGCUCACCAGCACGCAGAGCUCAGCGGGCAGCAUGGGCCCGCCGCAGGGCGAGGUGGACCAGAUGUACCCCGCGCUGCCACCCUACUCCUCCUGCAGUGACCUCUACCCAGAGCCCGUCUCCUUCCACGACCCCCAGAGCAACCCCGGCCUCACCUACUCCCCCCAGGAUUACCAGGCGGCCAAGCCCGCCUUGGACAGCAACCUCUUCCCCAUGAUCCCAGACUAUAACCUCUACCACCAUCCCAAUGACAUGGGCACCAUCACGGAGCACAAACCCUUCCAGAGCUUGGACCCCAUCCGCGUCAACCCGCCCCCCAUCACCCCACUGGAGACCAUCAAGGCCUUCAAGGACAAGCAGAUCCACCCGGGUUUCGGGGGGCUGCCGCAGCCGCCACUCACCCUCAAGCCCAUCCGACCCCGCAAGUAUCCCAACCGGCCCAGCAAGACGCCACUCCACGAGCGGCCCCACGCCUGCCCUGCCGAGGGUUGUGACCGCCGCUUCUCCCGCUCCGACGAGCUCACCCGCCAUCUCCGCAUCCACACAGGCCACAAGCCCUUCCAGUGCCGCAUCUGCAUGCGGAGCUUCAGCCGCAGCGACCACCUCACCACCCACAUCCGCACCCACACCGGCGAGAAACCCUUUGCCUGCGAGUUCUGUGGCCGCAAGUUCGCCCGCUCCGACGAGCGCAAGCGGCACGCCAAGAUCCACCUCAAGCAGAAGGAGAAGAAGGCCGAGAAGGGUUCGGCCGGGCAGCCCCCCACCGCACCCCCUGCCGCUGCUGCCGCCGCCGCCACCUCACCACCCGUUGCCCUCGCCCCUGCCGUCACCACGUGCGCUUGAGGGACCAUGGGGAGCGGCGCAGUGGCACCCCUUCUCCCCUGCCCUCCGCACCGCUCUGGGGGGGGGGUCCUGGGGUGGCCUUGCCCCCUGGGUUCAGGAUGCCGGGGGUUGCGCUCCAUGGGCUCCACUCUGCCCGCACCUGGAUUGACCGGGUCCAGGCUGCCCGCACCUGGAUCCUGCCUGCACUUGGAUCGACAGGACCCGCACUGCCUGGACCCAGGCUGCCUGCACCCGCACCGCGCGCACCCGGAUUGCCAGCAUCCCGGCUGCCUGUACCUGCACCGCCCGGGUCCCGGCUGCCUGUACCUGCCCGGCUGCCCGCACCGCCCGGGUCCCUGCUGUCCGCACCCGCACUGCCUGGACCCGGCUCCCCACCGCCCGGAUCCCUGCUGCCUGCACCCGGAUUACGCGUACUGCCCGGAUCCUGCCUGCCCGGAUCCGGAUUCCCCGGAUCCGGCUCUCCCGGCUCCAGCACGGCCCGGAUCCCAGCUGCCUGGACCCGGCUGCCCGCACCCCCGCUGCCCGCGUCCCGCAUCUCCCGGCUCCAGCCUGCCCGCACCCAGCUUGGCCUGGAUCUGGGCUGCCCGGGUUCCAGAUCGCGGGGAUCCCGGCUGACCUGGAUCGCCAGGCACUUGGAUCCCACCUGCCCGGGCUCCCCAGUGGCUGGGCUGCCCAGGAUCGGGCCGUCUUGGAUCCCACCUGCCCGGGCUCCCCAGUGGCUGGGCUGCCCAGGAUCGGGCCCUCCUGGAUCCCACCCACCCGGGCUUCCCGGGGGCUUGGGGUCCCCAGGAUCGGGCCCUCCUGGAUCCCACCCGCUUGGGCUCCCCGGGGGCUUGGGGUCCCCAGGAUCGGGCCCUCCUGGAUCCCACCCGCUUGGGCUCCCCGGGGGCUUGGGGUCCCCAGCAUCGGGCCCUCCUGGAUCCCACCCUCCCGGCUCCCCGGGACUGGGCUCGCCUGGAUCCGGUCCGUCCGGGUGGGGCUGGCUGGCUGGAGCCGACCCGCCUGGGCUUGGAUCCAGCCCCCUUUGCCCCCCCCCGCGCCCCCCCCCCCCCCCCCCCCCCCAGCACCGGCUCCCCGCGGCGGAGGUAAGCGGGGUCGGGCCCCCCGGCCGGGCUGGCGGGGCGGGGGGCGGCUCUGCGGGUCCUCCGCAACUUCGGGGGGCGGCGGGGAGCGAUGUCCCGGCAGCAGCUUUCGGGUUUGUUGGUGGUUUUUUUUGUUGUUUUUUUUUUUCUUUCCCCUUUUUUUUUUUUUUUCCCAGCAGAAGGGAAAUUCUUUACAGAAAUGCAGAAAAAAAAAAGCAGUAUUUUGCUGAAUACUUUUUAUAAUGUGAGAUAUUUUUAUUUUAUUUUAUUUGGUCACUUUAAAACAACCAACCAGCUAUGGAGGAGAAAAAUCAAUUAGUCCUCUAUUUUAUUUUAUUUUUUUUUCUUUCUCCUUCUGGUAUGUGCAUGUCAUUGCAUGACUGCUCUGAUUUUUUUCUUCUUUUGUUUUAAUAAAACUGUGCUCAGACAUUUAAGCUAAACUAAGCAAAAAUAAUAAUGACUUAAAAAAAAAAUCUUUGUUGCCAAAAGGUCGUGCUAUCCAGGUUUGAUGUCUGCAUGUGAAAAAAAAAAAAAAACACAUUAAAAACGUACAAAAAAUAAAGAGAAGAGAAAGAAUGCAGUCUAAUUUAUGUGAACCGAAAGGAACAAAAAAACCCACAAUCAGGUUUAACCACACAAACCUAAGGGAAUGAUAUUUUUUGAAAGACUUUUGUAUAAAGUUGAGUACUUAGAGAAAAAAAAAUCAUACCAGAUGUAAUAUAUUUUGUGGAUGUUUUUAUUUCUUGGAUUUAUAGUACCUUAUACUAAGGUUAAAAAAAAAUAAUUAUGCUUGAUAUUGUGAAAAGGUGAUAAUUUUCACACACAUUUCAUUUGCUCAUUUGUCAUGUUGUAAUGCAAAUAUGAUAGUUAAUGCAUACAGCAUUUUUAAGGGAAAAAAUCAGAAAUAUUGAACUGAUGUAUUGUUGUACCAUUUGCACUGUGAGCAAAUGCUAAUGCAGUAAAUAUAUUGUGUUUGCUGACAAUCAAAAUCUGUAGUAAAUAUCUUUAUUUUACCUUGCUUAAAAAGAAGAUCUAUAUUGGUUUGGAAAAAAAAGAAAAAAAAGUCUCUAAUAUGUAAGGGGGAUGUUAAAGUGGCUUGAAAUGUGUAGGACGGUGGGUGCUGUGCCUCAUUACGGGCGACUUUGAAACCUGUUUGUACAUUUUUUUUCUAGUGUUGUAUUUUUUGAAAAAAAAAAUUUUUUUUUUGUAUGA